AUGAGUACUCUUCGGAAGAUCACAUUCGUUACGGGAAACGCCGGGAAACUGAGAGAGGUGAAGGAGAUUCUGAAGAACUUCGAAGUGACGAACGUGGACGUGGAUCUGAAUGAAUACCAGGGAGAGCCGGAGUUCAUCGCUGAAAGGAAAUGCAAGGAAGCAGUCGACGCCGUCCGAGGACCCGUUCUUGUGAGACAAUCGUGUCGAGGCACAACUGAUUCUUUCUCUGCAGGUGGAGGACACGAGUCUGUGUUUCAAUGCCAUGGGCGGUCUUCCGGGUCCGUAUAUCAAGUGGUUCCUCAAGAAUCUGAAGCCGGAAGGAUUGCACAAUAUGCUGAGUUCGUAGAUAACAGAGAUUCGACCGGACAUGUGUCAUUUUCAGCUGGGUUCUCUGACAAAACCGCCUACGCUCAGUGCAUUUUCGCAUACACCGAAGGAAUCGGAAAACCCGUCCACAUCUUCGCCGGUAUUCAAUCUUUUCGUUAUCAUUUAGUUCGUUUCUUGUUCAGGAAAAUGUCCCGGACAGAUCGUAGAGCCACGUGGCGACACUUCAUUCGGGUGGGAUCCCUGUUUCCAGCCGGACGGAUUCAACGAGACAUUCGGAGAAAUGGACAAAACCGUCAAAAAUGGCAUUUCGCAUAGAGCGCGAGCUCUGGAAUUGCUCAAAAAUCACUUUGAGAAGAAUUGA